AUGUCAACGAAUGCUAUUCAGAUUGUAUUUACACUCAUAUUAUUCCUUUUGAAAAAAUCCUUCCAAUUUAAAAAUAUUAAGACUGUUUAAAGUGAAAAUUGUUGAAUUAUAACAUAGUGAUUAGUCUUAGUUGAGAACCUAAAGGCUUAGUUAUUCAAUAAUGAUUAAAAUAACAUUUUAAAGUCUAUAUUCAAAAUAUACGAUAAACAAAAUUAAAAAAUUUAUUAAGAAAUGGAGUAGUAAGAGUUAUUUUUCUAAAAAUUUUUGAAAGACAAUAUUUCUUAAUAAUGCAUCUUGGUAAGAUAUAAAUAUUUUAGUUGACAUUUUAGAAUGUAUUAAUCUAAAUACUCAUCUUAAAAUUAAAGAAUAAAAAUUAUUAACACUUCAAAAACUCAAUAAAAAUUUAUCAAAGCUAAAUCUCUGAAUUUGAUAAAAGUUUAUAAAAUUUCAGCAUUAAAUAGUAUUAUACAAUUCAGAUGGUUAGUAAAAAAUUGAUUAAAUAUUAGAGAAUAAAGUUUAGAAAAAUUAAAACAAGAUUAUGAAUAAAAUUUCACUUUAAAUGGAAAGAUGGAAUUUUCAAAGAAAUUGGAUAGUACAGAAAUAAAAACAGAUUAUACAAAACAAAAUUCAAGAUUGAAGAUAAAUUUAAUGGAGAAAUAAAAUAUAUACUUAAUUGGAAGUAGAACAAUGUUAUAGAUUAGUGAAUAUUUAUUUAUGAUCAUAAAUAAAUAAAAAAAAUGA